UCCGUGCAGUGUAGUUUUUUUCACAAAAGAAAACCAAGAUGGCUGCACAUUCGGGAGGAGUAGAUUGGGCUGCCGUUUUAAAACCUUUUUUAAACAGUUCAAGUGAAAAUAUUAGCAAAAACGAUGUACUCAAUUUGGUGAAAACCAUCAUCCAAAGCGAAAAUGAAAUUCUCGACCACGAUGCCGGCCACAAGCAGUUUUUCGACAGCUUUGUCGUGCUGGCGGCGGAAAAUCUCACCAAUCAAGUCACGUCACUAUCGCAAACACAGCUUCCGCAAAUCACCGAAGCGGCCACCGUCCUGAUUCGUUACAUCCUGCAACAUCUGGACACGCAGGCACCGAACAAGCCCAGCAUUCUGCUGAUGGCUCUGAAGGUUCUCUGCGAAGGCCGCAAGGAAUCGGAACAUUCGUCGGGCCCUGCGUCGGCCUCGUCCAUCAUCUCCGCGUCCGGAAUGAAGUAUCUCAAGUAUCCGGAAGUGCAUGGAAAGUCGCCCUCCGUGGGCAGCGGCGGCGGACCAUCAAGUGUCGUCGUCAGUUCCGGUGGAAGCGGAUCGGAGAAGGAGAGCCCCAAAAGCGAAAUGAAGCGCUCGCGGUCGGAUUUAUCCACCGUGAUCCUGCAACAGCUGACGACUCCGCUAGGCGCCGGAGUGUUUACAUUUGCUGCGCUCAGCGAGGAGCAGAUUGAUUGCACGGAUCUUUUCAUCAAAUCCAACCUUCAGUGUCUGCAAGCAACCAACGGAGGAGAUUUGCUGUUCAAAUGGUGCACCAACUCCUUGGCAACCUUGGCCAAGUAUCGCGCCAAAUAUGAGGAAUGCACCAUUCAAGGAAAACCACUUUAUCUACCGAUUACGACUGUGGAAGCCGGAGCUGUCAAAGCAAACCUUUCCCACAUUGAAUCAGACAUUUCGAACCUGCUGCUCGCGGUCUCCCUGCCCGUUGUGGAACCGCUUACCCCAACCAAGAUUGCGCUGCUCUCGCAGUGCGCGAUGUCCGCUCUGUAUUGUGCCGUUCUAACGUCCACGGCAAUUAGCGUGCUGGCCAUGGCCGCCAGCGGAUCCCAGAAGAGUGCUUCAUCCACGCAGCUCCAGCAAAAGGAACAACAGUCAUCCAGCACUCAGUCGCAAAAGGAAAACGACGAAGAGGAAGACUACGCCAGAAUUGUAGUGGAUCGUGCGUUGGAGAUAUUCACCAAAAUUGGAACCAUUUUGAAAAAUUCUACCCGAACUCACAUCUACCAGAAUCACGUCUGUAUGGGAGCGUGGUUAUUGAUAUCCGGAAUCCAGGGAACCAUGGGAGCGUCUGGAAAUCCCAGUGGUAGCACUGUCCAACAGACGGCUUCCGUGAAGACUUCUGAAGAAAACCUGAAGGGAAGAAGCCCCUUGAAAACACUCGAUGUUCCCCAAAUGGCAUCCACUGCUGCACCGACGCCCGCAUUACGAGUGAAUUUGUUCAAAGUCCAACAAGGGUUCGGCGUACUCAACGCGGCCAUCGCUCGUCACAGCAUCACACUCUUGACGGAGCUAAUCGACGAUUUGAAGAUCGAUUCACGUUCCGAUGACGAAGAAUACAGCAGUAUCGAGUCCGCUGGUUUCGACAUCCUCGGCCAGUACACAUCUAUCCAGAGAGUGGUUCGCGUAUUGAACAGCGCCACCCUGCAACAGCUCAUGACCUUCUUGGCUACCGUGUCGUAUCGAAAGGCAUGCACUCUGCGCAGAAUAAACACCAAGAACACUAACGAGGGGGAACCCAUGAGCUACAGCGACUCGACGACGUAUUACAACGACACUUUUUCCUGCUCGGAAGAAAGCGAACCGGAAGAGGAAGACAGUGACAGCUACCUAGGCCUCUGGUUCAAGGAAACCCUAUCACCGGAAGCCAAUGAAGAAAUGACCGAAUCACAGGAGCAGGAAAAGAAAGACGAAAAACGCCACGGAAGCAACCUGGUUCCAGCAAAGGACGAACCACACGAAUAUCUCAACUUGAGUUCGUUGAUCUUUAACUUCUUCGACACUUCGCUCGGUGGACAGCACAUCUACUUGAACCGCUACGUGAGAACCGGUCUUAGCGAGCAGCAGAUGGUAUUACUCGCCAAUAUUCUUCGCGACUUGGAUCGCGAUUCAGCUCGAGGCGAACCAGAAAACUCCGGGUGCCUCCAAUGGCAAAACUCCAUGGUCAAGUUCUCCGGAGCAGUUGGACGUUAUCUCCACAAUCUCAUAUCCAACUCCCUGCUGAAUGAAUCGCUCCAAUCGGCGCUGCUGCUACAUCUCGGCGUUUCACCAUGGACUCAAGAUUCCAACAUCUGGCCCCUGCAAGUCUACUCCAGAACUUUAGCCGUGCUCGUCCAGAUCCUGCUGCUGAAACCAUCGCAAGAAAAGGAAGCAGCUUGCCUUUCAGUCUGGCAUCGUCUGGUGAACACUCUUGUCGAAGGCGUCUGUUCGAACCAAAUCAUCCCGAACGAGUCUGAAAUCGAAGAUCUCAACGUAGAACACGCACAGCUGCUUCUUUUCCUGUUUCAUUCGUUGAACCUUAUGCAGAAGAAAUCCAUCCUACUGCUUACCGCCGGAGGUGUAAUUCGCUGUUCCGAAGUUUGUCGCUCUGUGACUCCGGAGAAACCGUUACGAGAUCACCAGAUAAUGCUUCUUUCGAGGUUGCUGUUGUUCCUGGAAUAUCUCAUGAAACAUCUGUACAAUCCUCCAAACGUUCUGCUCGAGCAAGUCCGGUGGAAUCUUUUCAGCGUGUUCACCAUGGAUUCCGAGCACAAAAUUGCCGAUCUCAUUAACUACAACUACAAGCACCGCAAGCUGACCAACGAGCUCAGCGUCAGUGGAGUCAAGCCGAAGUUCUACUCGCUGACCACGGUAGACACCAAGAUCCAACAGGAGUUCAAACUGGACGGCCUAGCUUGGAAUUUCAUCCUGUGCACCCCGGACAAGCUCAAGUAUCCAUGGCUGAUCGACGCUCUCAUCGACAUCCUGAGCAUCACAGACAUGUGCCUGGCGAAGAUUCCCUUCCAGACGCUGUGCGCGGUGCACUACUGUUUCAGUCUGUGCUGGAAGCUGCUGCUCGGAUUGCCACCCUCGACCCAGCACGUGGAGGCUCUGAUGCAGGAGAAAAUACCGAAUUUACACUCGCUGUUGUGGUCGAUUCGCUGUUUGCAUCCAAUCACCCACUCGCACUAUCUGAUCGUCAACAGUUUGGUGAAACAGGGCAUGUACACGCAGUCGGCCGAAGCGUUGUGGAAUCGUCUAACGGAUCAUGUAUCGGACGUAAAGUACAGUUUAAAACUCACGGUGCUCGGCCUUGAAUCGUUUGCUAGUUCGUUCAAUCCGGAACAACCACGUUUGUCGAAGAUUAUCCUGCUCGACAGCUUAGUGUCUCAUCUUUACGCCAUCUGUUGGGCCGAGAAGGAAGGUGUCAACAUAAAGACGAAAUCAACGAACAACAGCAGCAGCUCGUCCAGCAGCAGUAGCAGCAGCAGCUCAACCAGCAGCAAUAGCAGCUCUACAUCGUCCAGCUCCAACGCAAGUGACUCCAGUGUGGCUAGCGGAGGACAACAACUCACCGUUGCAACAGGAACAACUUCGACAGCCGAUGCUUCUAGCACUACUGGUCCUGGACUGGAAACGAUCAAAAUGGCAUCUAGAAACGAUCUCACCCGUAAUUUGAUGUCGAAGCUGAUGGAAGUGCUGGAGAUAGUGAAGGAAACAACCUACAAAACGAUGUUCCAAAAUCUGAGCGGACAGAUUCCUGCUUCGUUGAUUGAGCCACUGAUCGCCAUAUGUGGUUCGAAGAAUACUUUCUGCCAGGAUUUAUCCACUCAACUGAUUGCGUUGAUCACCGGUCAGGACAAAGAUGUCAUCUCUGUAGAAUGGCGCAAGAAUCUCACCAUUGCGAGUGAGGACAACUUUACAAGCGGAUCAUUCCCCGUCGAAGUGCACACUUUAACCGUCAUCGAUGGGCAUCUGACGGAAACAUCGAAGCAUCUGUCCUAUUCAAUCCUGCUAUCGCUGAAGCACGCUCUUAAAUCGUGUGUCAAUUUGGUUUACUACAUGUUGCCAAACUAUGACGACAAGCAGCUGGACGAAGAACUCAAAGAAAUUCUAAUUCCGAUGAUUUUUGACCUACGAGCAGAGUAUCUGUACGAUGUUGUCAACAAAUGCCUGGAAUCGCUGCUGGGUGGUGACUCCAAUUCGGAAACUUACCAACUGCUAGCGUAUUCCAACAUUCUUCGACGCAGCUACCAGUUUUUGAUCGAGUACACCGAAUUGUCUGGUCAAGGACAGACAGUCAACAUUGAUGAAACCGUUCUCCACAACAUUAUCAAAUUCUGGGAGUCCAUGCUGGAUAAAACCAUCGGAUUGAAAGCCAUGCGAGAAUUCUUCUACGAAAGCAAGAAAGGUAAUUUGGUUCAGAUUUUGCUUUCGUUCACGGGCACCAACCUGUCGCAGAAGUAUUCCACGAAAGUUUUGCAAUUCUUCGAGAAACUGUUUGCCGCAUCGGAAAAACUCGAUGCGCAAUUCGACGAGGAAGAAGUGAGCAGCUGCAUUGCUGAACUAGCAAACGCCGAUGCCCCGAAGCUCAAAAGUUGGCUAAGUCACAUUCUUCUCGGUCCCAGAGGAGCCAGCCUGACCGCUGGGGGAUCGAAUGCAUCGAGUAACGUACCAACACCAACCAACAUGGCGACCGUGUCGGCCAUUCCCAGCAUCACAGAUCAACUGGCCGUUUCAGCCACAUCGGAUAACAACACCGGCAACAAUGCUUCGGUAGGAGGCGAUCCGGAUGCAAUGGACAUCGACUACGAGUGCAUGGCAAUGCCCUGGCAGAGGGAGAUGAGUCGCACCGGAAACGACACCGUGGAUGAAGCUCUGGAGAAAAACGGCAAACUUUUGCAAGCUCUGGUGAAAUACAUCGUGGCGGAAAACAGGAUUGCACAAUCCGUCUCUGAGUCGCUGUUCCAAGCUUUGAUCCAAAUCGGCCACAAUUUGCUGUGUCCCGUUCAAGAAGCCAUUGAGUUUGCCGAUCUGCUGCAAGUCAUGAUUACUUUGGCUGAUGCUGGAAAGGGUCGUGGUCACGCAAUGCUCUUCACGGCAGCUAUUGAUUGGUUAGAGAUUUCAAAGAAUCAAGUACUUGAGGGAAAAUCGUCCAAAUCUGGAUCAAAAGCAGCUGUUCAGCUGGAAAAUGUGACUGCUAUUUUGAAAUACAUGAGCGAUCUGCUGCAAGGAUUGGGAUCGAAUGGUAGUCGUUCUAUCAACCCUCCAUGGGACGAUGAAUCAUCACUAGAUGCGGAAGAUAUCCUGGAUGAUUUGGGAGGUGACGACGAUGAUAGUGCUGUAGAAGAUUCCGACGAAGACAGCCUCAGCAAUAAGCUGUGCACGUUUUCGAUAACCCAGAAAGACUUCAUGAAUCAACAUUGGUACUACUGUCACACCUGCAAAAUGGUUGACGGAGUUGGGGUCUGUUCUGUUUGCGCCCGAGUUUGUCACAAAAACCACGACAUCAGCUACGCCAAGUAUGGAAAUUUCUUCUGCGAUUGUGGUGCAAAAGAAGAUGGAUCAUGCCAAGCCUUGUCUCGGAGAAGCAAUUCGGGACAUGCUGAUGAUACGAUUCUUGGAUCAGCUUUGCCAAGAUCAUCCGAAGCCGAUUCUGUCCUUUUGACAAGUUCGUUGAGACGUAGAACAUCGAGUCCAACCGGUCAUCCAAAUCAAACUGGAGGCAGUCAGAUGUCGGAAAAAGAGCAACUACUUGCGAAGAUCAUCGAAAGCUCUAAGGAAGCCUUGAGCAAUCCCGACCAAUGGAAAGUCGUCGUAAAGAGCAUUUUGUCGUUCUUCAAUUCCCUGAUGCCGACCAUCAAGGAUCACUGCGCCAAAUACUCAACAGUGGGAUGUCAUCUUCGAGCUCGCAAUGCUUUGGAACGUUUGCAUCAACCGGAAAAAUCCUACUCCUUCAGUGAUCAGAUUAUGGUCGCAACUCUAGGAUCACAGGAAGGGGCAUUCGAGAAUGUUCGUAUGAAUUUCUCCGGAGAACAAGGACAAACCAUCAAGCAGUUGCUAUCGUCGAAUCUGGUACGUCGAGUGGCCCUCUGCUGUUUGGCUUCCCCGCAUGGCAAACGCCAGCAACUGGCUGUAUCACACGAGAAAGGCAAAGUAACCAUUCUACAAUUGUCUGCGUUGCUGAAGCAAGCCGAUGCUGCAAAAAAGAAGUUAACGCUCACCAGACUCGCCUCGGCGCCUAUUCCUUGCACCGUUUUAUCACUGGCUUCUAAUCCUGCGAAUGAAGACUUUCUGGCGGUUUGCGGAUUGAAAGAGUGUCACAUCCUGACAUUCACAAGCACCGGAGCUACCAACGAACAUAUUGUUCUAACACCUCAACUUGAGACCGGAAAUUUCAUCAAGCGAGCUAUCUGGUUACCGUGCUCUCAGACCAAACUGGCCUUGGUUACAGCAGAUUUUGUGAAGAUAUACGAUCUAGCUGAAGACAGUUACAGCCCACAGUACUAUUUCCUUGUGCCGAGCGGCAAGAUCAGAGACUGCACUUUUGUGCAUCAAGAAGACACCUAUUACAUGUUGAUCAUGUCCUCUCACGGAUACAUCUACACUCAACCUCUGACGGACGAAAGCCUUGCCAAGCACGGUCCAUUCUACGUCACCAGUACCCUUGAAUUGGACCAUCCGUCGAUCACCGACGACAACGGCCAAAUCUUAGCCGGAGGAGUAUCGAUUUACUAUUCUCACGUGCUACAGAUGUUGUUCUUCAGCUACGUGGCGGGUCGAAACUUUAUGGCUCCACUGACAAACGUUAACCAAGGCGUCAAAUGUGUCAUCAAUCUCAUCUGCAAUCCGGCGUCAAAGGUAUUCUCCAAAUCAUUAACGCAACCACUGUGUCAGUGGACAGAAAUCCCCGGACAUCCGGGUCUAAUCUGUGCAAUGAUGCAAAAUCUCAACAAUCCUGUCAUCUUCAUGAUCAAACCGGACGGUUAUGUUGCGCAAGAGAUCAAGGCCCAGAACGCGAAGGCCAAGAUCAUGGACAUGGUAGCCAUUCGUCACUCAGUGUCCGGCGUGGAAAAGACAACAUUGAUUCUUUUGUGUGAGGAUGGAAGCCUGCGCAUCUAUGCUGCCCAUCCGGAGAACACUGGCUACUGGUUAUCACCGGAAAUCCAGCCCAUCGGCCACCAGUUCCAGACAGGGGCUUACUCAAAAUCACGGAAAUCGAAAAAGGCGAGCAAGCAAAGCAGUGGAAAUCAAACCAGUGGCAAGAGCGGCGCUGGAUCAGCUCCGACGUUCCCGAUCGAUUUCUUCGAGCACUGCACUCUGAUGAACGAGGUCGAAUAUGGAGGAAACGAUCUGUUGCAGAUCUACAAUACCCAGCAUUUGAAGCACCGUUUGAAUUCCACCGGACUGUAUGUUACAUCGACGCGAGCCAGUGGAUUCACUCUGGAUGUCAUGAACAACGACCCCAACAUGGUUAUGACGGGAAUCCGCAUUUCGAUUGGCUCUCAAGAUGUCAGCAAAGCUCCACAAAGUGUCACUAUACUUGGUCGUGUUGUGCCAACGGUGGCAACCCGCGCCCGCUGGUUCGAUAUCCCUAUGACUCGCGAAGAGAGCCUCCAAAGCGAUAAGAAGCUCAGCAUACUCUUUGGACCUUCACAGGAUGCCGAAAACAUCACCAUUCUAGACAGCAUCAAAAUUUACGGAAAAACAAAAGACGUGUUUGGUUGGCCAGAAGAAACGGAAGAUGUGGGUUCUUCACAGUUGAACUCGGCUACUCAAACUCCAGGACAAAUGGCCAGCUCACUGAAUGGCGGCGACAGUGGCGAUGGAAACAGUGGAUCCAACUUGAUGAUCACCCCACUGGAUAAAAUGGUUUCCACGAUGCUCCAGGUGCUGGACAGUGGGUUGUCUCUACUAGGCGGACCAAACGGCGAAGAAAAUUGCAAACAGUCAGCCGUUGAUGUGGCCACUUCCUUGGUCUUGUAUCCUACGACCAACAUGGUUCAACAGGACGCUCGCAAUGUACUCGUCACUUGCCAUCCUAACAAAACUGCUUACCAUGCUUACAAAGACAAAGAGAUUCUUGCUGACAUCAACGCACAGCUGAAAAAGAUGGCCGAUGCUAGGGACUACAAGUUUAUCGAUCCAGAAGCAUUCUAUCGAGUGGUUCUGAUGACCCGAAGCAUUGCCAUUCAGCGACCACAGGCUCUAACAAAGAUUUGCUUCGAGAAUCAAUUUCCGAUUCUCCAGCAGCUGAUGCAACUAAUGAAGGAUUUGUAUAAAAUCACUCCCGCCUAUGAGGAACCACUGGCCAUUGUGAAACAAGGACUGUCGCAUGUUGAAGCCGUCGUGUACUCACUCGUGGAAAUCAUCUACGCAUUUGCACUGUCCGAUAGCGAAAUGAUUGAAUCGAUGGCCAAAUUCUUCGUUGAGCUGCUGUUAGACCCCGCGCCGAUUAUAAGCCACAGCGCAAAACAGGCAAUGAUUCGUUUGCUAAGACCGAAAAUUCGACGUCGCAAAGUGCUCAUCGAAAGCCCGCCGGUCUGCUCAACUCCUACUCCAUCGACGGUAACUUCGAACGUAGCCGGGCCAUCAACGUCAGCCGGACCAUCGUCAUCGGCUGGUGCUGUAGGAGGAUCUGUAGCUUCAGGUUCCGGUGCUCUUGCUGCUGGCGGUGCUGCGGCCAAUGAGGAUUUCGCAGGAGCAAUGCAAGAAGUGGAUGCUAUAGAAUCCCUUGGACUUGAGCCGUCUGGCGGAAAUCAAGCAUUGGCUUCGCUUGAGGCUUUGUUGGGAGUAGGAUUCCCACAUUUACUGGAAGCUCCGGAUGCAGACGAUGAAACAAUAAUGGAAAUUGCCAUCGCAUUGAGUUUGCAAGACAAUGAGACAGAUUUGGCAGCUUUACAACAGAGCAUCGCCCAAUUUCAGGGCAGAAUUCGGAACCAAGGCCAAGGACUACCAGCGGCGAUUGCGGGAGGAUCAUCGUUCAACGUUGAAUCCAAUGCAUCCGGUGGCGGUUCCGAUGACGAUGAAAUAUCGAACGUUGCUACGGAAGGUUCAACCCUGCGCACAUCCCCCGCAGGAGAACACCCCGGAAGUGGUAGUGGUGGAUCGGAAAGUGGCUGUAGCGGAGUGGAAAGCAUUGGUGGAACAUCAGGAAGAAGCUCAACCUACGAGGAGCAACCGAAUCCAUCUCCACCUAGGACCUCCGGGGUAGAUCAAAUUCCGCCCCAGCCGGUUGCACCUCCGGAAACUGAAGAGACGGGAGGAGAAAAUGCGUGUAAACUGCAUGUACUAAGAUAUUCCAUCUUGAACAAACUCGUCGAUAAUUUCGCCACACUAGACACGGUGAACGGCUCACAGUGUAUUCCAUUCAUGCAAGUUAUACUGAUGUUGACCUCGGACUUGGACGGAAGUCAGGAAGCUGAUCAACAAGUGAUGAAUCGACUGCUGCAAGCAUUGAUCGAUCGUCUUGAAAUACCAACGACAAAAACCUAUCAAAUGUCUAAUCGCACUUCGAAAACUGAAGUUCAACUGAUCGUUCUUCGUCUGGUCGGUGUAUUGAUGGGUAAGGUAAAAUCCAAAUCAUCUUCAUCUUCAGCUGCGGGCGGGUCUUCGUCCGCUGUGAGCCAAGCUGUUCUGGAUAAUGCAUCCUUCGUAGCGCAAGCAACUGCCAAUGCUCUAAUGAAGAACAAUGCCAUUCCGUACUGUUUGAUGAUUAUGGAGUCGUUCCUGCCUCACUGGAAGAAUGUCGCCAAUAACGAAGAACUUGCAUCCGGAACAACCACGGCUAACACCAAUACCGGCCCGGUAAUAACAACACCUGGAGGAGCCCCAACCAACAAUCUGCUGAAGGCGACUCUAUAUGGACUCUCACCGGAUAUGCAACCCUUCUUUGCUCGUCAGUGUGUCAAGGGAUGCACCGAUGUUUUUGAACUGUAUCCCCAAGUGCUUACGGAAAUGGCAGUUCGUCUACCAUACCAGAUACUGAAGCUUUCGUCGGGUCAUCCCUCAUCGCACGAUUGGUAUCACCUGCUAUGUGAGUACAUGACGAACACUUUGUGCGAGUAUAUGAUGUACAUGCAGUCUCCUGGUCUACGCCGGCAAGUUCGCAAGUUGCUGCUUUACAUCUGCGGCAACAAGGAAAAAUAUCGCCAACUGCGCGAUCUGCAUUCUUUGGACACUCACAUGAAAGCCGUGAAAGAAUGUUGCGAUGGCAGUACCCCGCCGAUUUCAUCCAUUGGAUCUAGCACCAGUGCUAUUUUGAGCUAUGAUGCCCUCGUAGAACUGACCGAACACUUCCGGGCCUGUCAGGAGAUUGCUUCGAUUCGUACCGGAAACUGGCAGAAAUUCUGCGUUCGUAACUCCGACAUUCUUCCCUCGUUGUUGAACAUAAGCUGCUGCCAGCUGGAGGAAGGAGUUUCGUCAAUCAUCCUGCAACUGCUGCAAUCAGCCAUCUGCAACACUCAGGGUGUCAAACAGGACUCGGGAUCGGCAUCCUCAACAAGCAUGAAGAUAUCAGUACUGAAAGAACGUAAAGAUCGUGACAAAUCCGAAGAAUCCGACACGGCAACAGAAUCAAAAUUCGAUCCGGCUCAAUGUGUGGCUCUCGUUACUCAGAUAUUCAACCAGGUGCCGUUCCAGAAUCUGACCAAAUUCAUCCGAAGCUUCCUCCUGGAAACCAAUUCAACGGCCAUCCGUUGGCAAGCUCAUAGUCUGGUGUACGCUUUCUAUGAAAAUAGCAACGAAGGCAACAAGGAGUUGCUGCUGCAAUGUCUAUGGGGACUGUGGCCAUUGUUGCCGGCUUACGGAAAACGAACGGCUCAAUUCGUAGACCUGUUGGGUUUCCUCACGCUCAACACCAAGUCACUCAGCGACAAACUUCCCGACUACACGGCUCAGGCAGUUUCCGUUCUUCGUCAGCAAAAUGAGUUGCUAUCGAAGCAUCCUAAUGCACCAAUUUACACCGCUCUUGGACACGUCCUGGAAUUGGAAGGCUUCUAUCUGGAGUCGGAACCGUGCUUGGUUUGCAAUAAUCCAGAGGUGCCCUACUCGAAUAUCAAACUUUCAACGGUCAAGGUGGAUUCCAAGUUCACAACCACUACGACGAUUGUAAAGUUGGUUCAAAGCCAUACUAUUUCCAAGAUUAUUCUUCGCAUUGCCGAUCUAAAACGAGCGAAGAUGGUACGCACCAUCAACAUCUACUACAACAAUCGAACCGUGCAGGCAGUGGUUGAGCUCAAAAAUCGUCCCUCGAUGUGGCACAAGGCUCGCAAGGUUACACUCCAGUCCGGACAGACGGACGUUAAGAUCGAUUUCUCUCUUCCGAUAACGGCGUGCAAUCUGAUGAUCGAGUAUGCCGAUUUCUAUGAAACCGUGAGCGGAUCCAGCGAAAGUCUUCAGUGUCCUCGAUGCAGCGCCACCGUUGCAGCCAAUCCCGGCGUUUGCGGAAACUGCGGUGAGAAUGUGUUCCAGUGUCACAAAUGUCGUGCGAUCAACUACGACGAAAAAGAUCCGUUCCUUUGCCACUCGUGCGGCUUUUGCAAGUACGCCAAGUUCGACUACAGCAUCUUCGGAAGGGCAUGCUGUGCAGUUGAUCCGAUCGAAUCGGCUGAAGACCGAGCCAAGACGGUGCAAACCAUCCACGCUUCGUUGGACAAGGCUGACCGGUCGUACAAAACGUUGCAGAACAACAAGCAAAUUUUGGAACUGCUGGUCCAAAAAGUGGCCGAACACAAGUUGGACCGGACACUGGAUGAAACGUUAAUCGGAUCGGUUGUUGGUUCGUCUCAAGUGAAUAAGGUCAUCCAGUUGCUAGCGCAAAAGUACUGCGUGGAAUCCAAAUCAACGUUUGAAGAGUUGAGCAAGAUCAUUCAAAAGGUGCAGGCUUGUAGAAGAGAAUUGGUGGCGUACGAUCGUAGCCAGAUGGAUUCAACGAGUGGUGGACCGAUAGCCACUGGAUCAUCAACGGAUAAGGCCGUUGCGCUGAACAAAUGCUACGGUUGCGCCUUGGCAUCGACCGAACAAUGUUUGACCCUGCUGAGAGCAAUGGCUUCAAAUAUGCCGUGUCGGAUUGGACUCUGCAACCAGGGAUUGGUUCAAGAGCUAGCGCUCAACAAUCUACGCCGAGGAACCAAUCAAAUCCAAGAUGAAGUUCGUCAACUGCUGUGCCUGUUGACGCGGGACCUUCCGGAUGCCACGUCGGAUCUGUGUCAGUUGUUGCAGGAUCGAGUGAAAAUGGCGCUCAGUGGAACAGUGCCGUUGGCCAAUUUGGACUCGGCUGUGAGGCAUGAAAUGGGAUUGUUGGAAGCAAUGACAGCCCAGGACGAUUCAUGUUGGGAGUUGAAGCUGCGGACAGUUAUCGAAUUGUUCCUGCAAGCAUCGAGAGACGUACGUGGACCUGCGGUGGCCGUAAUUCAACCGUGUCUGCGCAUAGUGCAGUCGUUGAUGUGUCCACCGUUGCCGAUCAGUAAGACCAACAAAGAUCUGACCACUCAGGAUCUGUGCACCGUGCAACCAACGGAGGGACUCACCAUCAGCUACGAGAAGUGGAUUACUGGAGAUCCGCAGCAUUCAUUCUCGGCUUGGAAAGCCCGCAUGCCACCAAUUACCGGAACAGCGACACCGCGCGCCGAGGACAAUUCUAUACAGCUGGCGCUAGCGGCAGAUUCUGCAGCUGGAGAAACUGAAGCGACCACACCCAUCAGUAGCUACCGUUCGGUACUGGAACAGAAGCGAAGUCGCUACCGUAAUGCUUACCUGUUUGAAAAAUACGGAAAACGAUGGCGCCAAAGAGUGCUCAACAAAGGCGUGAAUGCGGUUCCGUUGGAGUUGACCGCAGCUUGGUUGCAACCGGUUCUGUUCAAUACCAACUCACGUCUAGGACGUCAAUUGGCGUGCGCUUUGGUAACUUCCCUGAGCAGAACUCCGGAACGAAAACGGGAGAUACUCGAUUUGCUUACUAGUUUCCUCAAGAAUAUUGGCGAAUGUGGUGAGGCCAGUGCUGAAUUCAUUGCUCUCUAUCGUAUUCUAGCCGACGAAACACCUUGGCGUCAGUAUUUGGCCUUGAAAGGAGUCCUCUCACUGAUCGCUGAUCUUCUAACAGUGGAGAUCGACAAAAUUCAUCGUCUGGAGGAAACGACACUUUCUUCGGAUUUGGCGCAGGGUUAUGCCUUGAGGCAGCUGGUGGAAAUGAUGGCGAUGUUCUUGGAUAACCCGCCCAUUCGGAAGGCCUUCAAAGGUAAACUGUUGGGAUCUGUUUUGCAAGGUUACCUAAACUUGAGAAAGUUGGUGGUGCAAAGGACUCGCCUGAUCGAUGAUGCCCAGGAGAAAUUGUUAGAAAUGUUGGAGGAAAUGACGACCGGGACGGAGGAAGAAACUGCUGCAUUCAUGGCUGUUUGUAUCGAUACCGUUCGGAAGACACCAACUUCGGACGUCAAAACUCCGGUGUUCAUGUUCGAACGACUUUGUUCCAUCAUUCAUCCGGAAGAGAACGAUGUAGGAGAAUUCUUCCUGACCCUGGAAAAAGAUCCCCAGCAGGAAGAUUUCCUACAGGGAAGAAUGUUGGGCAACCCGUAUCCCUCGAACGAAGCCGGAUUGGGCCCACUGAUGAGAGAUGUCAAGAACAAGAUUUGCAUCGACUGCGAACUGGUGGCACUGCUGGACGAUGACAAUGGAAUGGAACUGCUGGUGCACAACAAGAUCAUUAGUUUGGAUUUACCGGUAAAAGAAGUCUACAAGAAGGUCUGGCUUCAGGAAGGCGGCGAACGUGAUGCGAUGAGGAUCGUGUAUCGUAUGCGUGGUCUUCUUGGAGAUGCAACGGAGGAAUUCAUCGAAACGUUGAAUGCCAAGAGCCAAGAAGAAGUGGACAAUGAACAACUGUAUCGGAUGGCAAACGUUCUGGCAGACUGCGAUGGUCUGAAAGUGAUGCUCGAUCGAAUCGGAAGCCUGCAGAAUGUGUCGAGAUCAAGAACCUUACUCCAAGUUUUGCUGAAACUAUUUUUGCUGAGUGUGAAAGUCCGUCGCUGUCAGGAGGUUCUUUGCCAACCGGAGCUUGGAGCAAUUAACACCCUUCUAAAGGUGCUUCAGUUGUGUCUGCAAAGCGAAAACGAUGCCCAACAAUCGGCAGUGACCGAGCAGCUGCUGGAAAUUAUGGAAACCAUUCUUUCCAAGGCGGCAUCCGAUACUCUGGAUUCGUUCUUGCAAUUUUCGCUUACCUUCGGAGGUCCCGAAUAUGUUCAAGCUCUGCUAUCCUGCACAAACUGCGCAAAUGUUCGUAAUAGCCCGUCAGUUCUGCGUCAUCUUAUUCGAGUGCUGGCUGCCCUUGUAUACGGCAAUGACAUCAAGAUGGCUUUGCUCUGUGAACAUUUCAAGGAAGUAUUUGACUUCAACAAAUUCGACGCUGACCGUUCCCCGGAGGACGAGUUCAAGAUGGAGCUGUUUUGUGUUCUAACAACCGGUAUUGAACACAAUUCAAUCGGCGGCAUCCUCAAGGAUUACAUCAUGAGCCUGGGUAUUGUGGAUAAGGCGUUGGAGUACAUCAAGAGUCACGCUCCAUGUGUUAAGCCGACGUUAUUGAGGACUGAUUCCGACGAGUUGAAGGAAUUCAUCUCGCGAGCUUCACUGAAGUACAUUCUUCGAUUUUUGACUGGACUGGCCACGAAACAUGAAGCAACUCAGCUGGCCGUCGCCAAGGACAUAAUCCCAAUUAUUCAUCGUUUGGAGCAAGUUUCCAGUGACGAACAUGUCGGAUCGUUGGCUGAGAACCUACUGGAAGCUCUUUGUACUGAACCGGCAACGGCCAAGCGUGUCCAGGAAGUUCGUGAUUUCACCAGAGCCGAGAAGAAACGCCUUGCGAUGGCUACUCGCGAAAAACAGCUGGAUGCUCUGGGAAUGCGAACCAACGAAAAGGGUCAGGUAACAGCGAAAGGAUCAAUUCUCUCACAGAUCGAAAAACUGCGCGAAGAAACCGGAUUGGCUUGUUUCAUUUGCCGUGAAGGCUACGCUUGUCAACCGAACAAAGUUCUUGGCAUUUACACCUUCACCAAACGAGCAAACGUCGAGGAAUUCGAAAUGAAACAGAAGAAGACAGUUGGAUACACCACGGUUACCCAUUUCAACAUUGUACACGUUGACUGUCACAUGUCGGCCAUCAGAUUGGCCAGGAGCCGCGAUGAGUGGGAAAGUGCUUCACUGCAGAACGCAAACACUCGUUGCAAUGGUCUUCUUCCGCUGUGGGGUCCCGAUGUUAGCGAAUCAUCUUUCUCGUCAUCAAUGGCUCGUCACAAUAACUACAUGCAGGAGUCUACCCAGCGCUGUGAAAUCACUUUCAGUAGCUCAAUCCACGAUUUGAAGCUUUUGCUGCUACGCUUUGCUCAAGAAAAAAGCUUCCACGAAGAUGCCGGAGGAGGCGGCCCACAAUCCAACAUGCACUUAGUUCCUUAUUUGCUGUUCUACAGUUUGUACACGCUGCUCUCAUCGCGGUCGUACUCGCGGGAGGAAAUGAUUCUUUCUGCCUAUAUCACCCAUAAACCAUCGGAUCGUUGGUUGGAAUGCGCCUACGAGUCGGAAGGUCCUCUCUAUUUGAUCACAAUGUCGUUGGCGUUGCACACCCCCGGAAUUUGGAACCGUAACAAGUUGGCUCAUCUGAAGCGCAUGAUCGCCAUCGGUCACGCUCGCCACGUUAGUCCCAACACCAUCUGCAAGUUUGUGGCACCCAACGACAAAUCUCAGAAGGACUACAAUGUCUACAAACCGUACCUUCUGAUGUGGGGUCUGGUGGAUUUGAUCUACAAGAACUUCUUCCGCACGGUGACCACCCCGAAGGAUGAGGAUUGGCCCAUUUCGCUGUUCGAUUACAUUCGCCGUAACGAUGAGGCCAUGUUGAAGCACGCCGAUGGAACCCUGGAAACAUUCACAGAUGAAUACGUACCGUGCACUUCGUUUGCCGAAUUUUGCGAUGUAGCCGGUCUUCUGGGUGACAUCGAAAAUCCUGACGAAUGGAUCGACGAACUGCUGCAGUCAUUGCCCUCACCCGGAUCAACAGCAACUGGUACGGGAUCUGCUAAUACCGGCUCGGGAAGUACCGCGGCUGGUGGAUCAACUUCAAACGCUUGAGUUUGGUCGCAGCUUCAAAACAACGACGACGAUGAUGACUGGUGAUGGUAAUUUUUGCUCUGAAUGCAUUAAUCUUAUUACUUUACUGUUCAACUACAAUAUUUAUAAUCGUACCAUAGAAAAUAUUCAAUAGGAAUCAAUGCACUGAAAGUAGCGAUGUUUACUGAACCUUAAAACAAAUAACGCACUGCUUAUUUAGUAGCUGGAAAGCAAGCACUGAAAAUAAUAUCAAUUAUAAACUCAAUAAAUAACCCGCGUUGUUGCAAUAUGUGUGAUUAUUAAACUUAUCCCGUUUCAAUAAAUUUUCUGGCAAUUUCAA